GUUAGCUGAUUAAUUAAUUUUAGCUGCUAAUUUUCUUUAAAACGGUUAUCGGCAUUUGAAAAGCAGAACAUUUUAAAGCGCGUUACUAUUGAGAUGGAAUGUUAUGCAAAUUUUCAGAGUCAAAAUAUAUAUGAAACCGCUCAGACGGCUUCAGAGUCACAAACGAUUCCUAAACAAAACAACAAGGAGGCUACGAACAAGAAAACUCUGUUUGUUCUCGCGAUAUCUUCUGGAAUAUGUAUCAUUGUGUCUGUUGCUGCAUUUAUUCUGAUUAUGCAACUCCACAACGAGAUGAAUCGUAUGAAAGAUAAAUUGGACAAAAUGAGUGAGAUCGAUUCAUCUCUCGCCAGCCAUAUAAACGACACUCAAAAAACUUCUUCAAGUAUAAAACAUGAGUUAAAAAAUAUGAAGAAUGGAUUGAGCCAACUUGACUCCAAAAUAUUGAUUGGAGAUAACAAUUUGAAAGCAAACCUGAGUGAAGCAAAUUUGAGGAUGAACAAAAUGUUUUCGAUAUCCGGUUGGUUCAGAGCAAGCAAUAAUCUCAUUUACAAGCGUUUCACUGAUUUUGUCAACUACGCAACUGCAAAGGCUCAAUGUGAAGAAAUGGGAGCUCGUUUGGUUUCAACUGGAAUUAGGAACAACCAAGUGAAAAAUGAAAUAUUUCCGAAACAUUACUUAACUGGAGCGUAUGCAUGGAUAGGAUUGGACGACAUAAGCAAGGAAGGAAUUUGGGUUUGGUCGGAUGGAGGAAAUGAAUCAACAAGCGCAAUAUGGCAAUCGUCACAACCAAACGGAGGCAGAAAAGAAAACUGUGCAGUAAUCGUAUUGCCUGGUGCUUUUGAUAUUGCGUGCUCUGGAGUCCAACGAUUUGUUUGCGAAAGGGAAUUUGCAUGAAUUUUUCCGUAUCAUGGAAUGAUAUUUUUAAAUUUGAUUCUAAAUUAAUUUCUGAUAUUGCAAUUUAUUUCCUGUCUGUUUAUGAGUAAAGAAAAAUAAACCCUUUGGAUUUGACUGACUCAUAGUUUAAACAUUCUACUGUUUAUAAUAUUUAUUUUUGGUUUAUAAAUGCUUUUCAAAUUUACUAAUAUUUUACAGGAGAUAAGUCAUAAUACAUAUUCGUUCAUAAUACAAACAGACAAGCGGCGCACAAGCUUAGAUGAAAGAUAAGUAGUUGGUUCUACAGAAGUCAAAUCAAUAACAAAAGUAAUAAUUCAUAAAUUUCUAAAUAUUCAUGUAUGAAAAUAUGUAAAUAAUCUGUAUGAUAAUAAAUAUUUACGUUAUUAUUUUUUUUUAUUUUAUAGUUGUUUCUCAAAAUUACUAUCUCCGACUAAUGACCAUGAUAUCAUACUUUAUCAUAUCAGAAUCGACCGACAAACAGAAUGAAAGCCUUUUAUUGCAUGUUUCAAGCGUUUAUUUAAACUGUUAAAGACAGAACAGAAUCAAAAUUCAAUAUUGAUUUCAAUCUUGAACAAACGGUUAUCAGUAAAAAAAUGUAAUGGAGCUGCGCAACGAGUUGUCUAUUUUGCAUUCUACAUUUCAUGCUAUGAUGUUUUCGAAAAUUGAUAAUUAUGACUUCAUGUGGAUAGUUACAAAAGGUUAUGCCUCAGAUGUCCAUUAGGCUUACUAUUUUUAAUUGAUUAAUCUAAUUCAGGCACAAAAUGCACAUCAAAUGAUAUAAAUAUGUAUAUGAUAUAUACAUAUAUUUCUUACUUUUUUGUUCACUGCCACUAGUGAUAUUUUUUUUCAUUUAUUAACAAGUUUUGAACCUGAAAACUUUGAUUAAAAUUUUAGGAUAUUUAUUGUCUAAAUGUAUUUUCUUCAGCAGUAUAAAAACAAUGGCCCAAGUUGAAUAAAUGAGAUUCAAUAUCUUUCCCAACUACCGCCAAACUGGCCCCUGGUCUAAAAAAUUGAAAACAUCUGUAAGGAUUGAAUUUAUAAUAAAUAUAUUCUGAGGUUGACCUGUAACACUGUAAAGUCUAAUUGGUAAAACAAACUUUACUAUCAGAUCACAGCUGUUUCAAAUUUAUCAUUGCACUUAGACCAACCUAUUUCAAACAUUCUGAUCAAAUUUUCGUGGAGUCAAAAGAGUUGAUUCUUUUAUUUGAUGGAAUUUGUGUUUUUCUCUUUGGAUUUACAAUUCCAUCUUAGUGUUUUGUUAAUUUUCAAAAAUAAGUUAAAGAUUUCACAGUUAUUAAAUAAAUUUUAUUGACAUCGUCUUGCUUCUAGC